UAUAAGUUCAAAGUACCAAAAUUUGAAAAAUAUGAUGGUACAAAAUGCCCCAAAACCCACAUCACCAUGUAUUGCAGGAAGAUGGCAGCUCAUGCACAUGAUGAAAAACUCUUGAUGCAUGUCUUUCAGGAUAGUCUUACUGGUUCUGCUGCCAGGUGGUAUGUUCAGUUGGAUAGGACCCACAUUCGCUCCUGGAGCGAUAUGGCUCAUGACUUCAUCAGUCAAUAUCGACACAUCAUCGAUUUGGCCCCUGAUCGUUUAUCUUUGCAAAAUCUGGAGAAAAAGUCAAAUGAGUCUUUUAAAGAGUAUGCCCAGAGGUGGAGGGAUAUUGCUUCUCAGGUACAGCCUCUUCUGACCGAGAAAGAAACUACAGUGCUAUUUGUUAGCACUUUAAAACCUCCCUAUUAUGAAGUCUACGAAGAAAAAGAAAGCUUGAAGAAUGCUGAGGUGUGCAUGACUGAUAGGCCUGAAAAGCUGUUUCCCAAACCAGUGACAAUUCGGUGUGGAAACAAACCAAAAUCAGUCAUAGACAAGCUCCUCCCUAGGCCGGUAACUUUUAAAGUCCCGACUCCUUUUCCAUACAAAGAUGAUAAAGCUGUGCCCUGGAGAUAUGGAUGUGACACUGUAGUGCAGGGGCAAAAAGAAGAGGUCUCCAAAGCUGAUGCUUCCAAUAUUACUGGUGUAGGAGGCAUUACUCGAAAGAUAGAGCCUGAAGAAGAUCAGCCAAAGCCAGUAUCAGAAAGAGAGGUUUGUGAAUUCCUGAAGCUGGUAAAACAUAACGAAUAUUCAGUUGUGGAACAGUUGAAUAAAACGCCAGCUCGAAUCUCAUUGUUAUCACUAUUGCUGAACUCAGAGCCACACCGAAAUGCCUUGCUGAAAGUGUUGAAUCAGGCAUACGUGGCACAUAACGUGUCUGUCGAAUAUGUGAAUCACUUGGCUGGAAACUUAGUCAUGCCAAAUCACAUUUCAUUCAGUGAUGAUGAGAUUUCUUUGGAGGGAAAGAGAAAUGCUAAGGCCCUGCAUAUCACAGUAAAGUGCCAGAGCCAUAUCAUAGCUAAAGUCCUUAUCGAUAAUGGUUCUGCCAUCAAUAUCAUGCCUAUGUCAACUUUGGCAAGGCUACCCAUCGACUAUUCUCAUAUGCGAGAUAGUCAGAUGAUUGUGAGAGCCUUUGAUGGGACCAGAAAAGAAGUUCUGGGAGAUAUUGAGAUGCCCUUACAAAUUAGGCCAUGCACCUUCAAUGUAAAAUUUCAAGUGAUGGACAUCUCUCCGUCCUACAGCUGUUUAUUAGGAAGACCAUGGAUUCACAUGGCAGGAGCUGUGCCCUCUACUUUACAUCAAAAGAUCAAGUUCAAUGUAGAAGGUCAAUUGGUAGUAGUAGUUGGGGAGGAAGACAUGCUGGUGACUCAACCAUUGAACACUCCAUAUGUAGAGGCUGUCGAAGAAGCAUUGGAAUGCUCCUAUCGAUCUUUUGAAUUGGUCAAUACUGUAGGUGAAGGAUUUCAAAGUCAGCCUUUUUCAAAGAUAGUGGUGAGCCAAGUCAUCAAUAAAGGCUGGUGUCCAGGACUAGGGCUAGGCAAAAAUUUACAGGGAAUUAAAGAACCUCCAACAAUAGCAGACAAUAGCGAUAGGGCAGGCUUAGGCUAUGAGAUGGCAGAGUGGGAAGUCAAAAGGAGGCCAUCAAGAAAGACACCAAGACUGAUGUUCAUCCCACACUUGUAUGAAACCUUCAGACCUGGAGGAUUCAUGAACCCAGAUGCUAGAAAAAGUGUGGAAGAUGAUUUUGCCCAGUUAGCCAUUAAUGCUGUUGAAGAUGAGGUGAGGGUAAAUCAAGAAGAGUGGGUUCGUCUCUGUCCACCAGAUUAUGAGCUGAACAAUUGGAGUGCUAUCGAGAUGCCUUCGACUUUUGAUUUAGAUGAUAAUGAAGAGAAUUCUGAAGAAUAUGUUAUGCCUCCGGACCUAAUGAGGAUGAUUGAACAAGAAAAUAAGCCGAUUGAGCCCCAUCAAGAGUUAGUAGACUUAGUGAAUCUGGGAGAUGUAAAAAAUAGGAAAGAGGUCAGAAUGGGCACUUCACUUUCAUCUGAAGAUAGGCAACAACUGACAGACCUACUCCGAGAAUUUGUAGAUAUAUUUGCUUGGUCUUAUCAGGAUAUGCCAGGGCUGAGCACAGAGAUAGUGGAGCACAGAUUGCCUCUAAGGCCAGAAUGUAAGCCAGUUCAACAGAAACUGAGACGAAUGAAGCCCGAAAUGCUACUAAAGAUUAAAGAGGAGGUGAAGAAACAAUUUGAUGCAGGUUUUCUACAAGUGGCUAAGUACCCAGAAUGGGUAGCCAAUAUAGUUCCAGUUCCUAAAAAAGAUGGAAAAGUACGAAUGUGUGUGGACUAUCGGGACUUGAAUAAGGCUAGCCCAAAGGAUAACUUUUCUUUGCCUCAUAUUGACACACUAGUAGAUAACACGGCUAAGCAUUCGAUUUUCUCCUUUAUGGAUGGUUUCUCGGGGUAUAAUCAGAUAAAGAUGGCUGCAGAUGAUAUGGAGAAAACUACUUUCGUGACCAUGUGGGAAAUUUUCUGCUACAAAGUCAUGCCUUUUGGGUUAAAAAAUGCUGGGGCAACAUAUCAAAGGGCCAUGGUAACACUCUUCCAUGACAUGAUGCACAAAGAGAUCGAAGUGUAUGUAGAUGAUAUGAUUGCAAAGUCUUGUGGGGAUGAAGAUCAUGUCACCAGCCUCAGAAAGUUAUUUGAGAGGUUGAGAAAAUUUCAGCUAAAAUUAAACCCAACCAAGUGCACCUUUGGGGUAAAGUCAGGGAAGUUGCUAGGCUUCAUAGUCAGUGAAAGAGGAAUUGAAGUUGAUCCCGAUAAGAUACGGGCCAUCCAGAAUUUGUCACCUCCCAGCACACCAAAAGAAGUUCGAAGUUCUGGGAGAUUGAACUACAUUUCUCGGUUCAUCUCUCAGCUUACUUACAAAUGUGAUCCCAUCUUUAAGCUUCUCCGUAAAGAUAACCCUGGAAAAUGGAAUGAAGAAUGUCAAGAGGCGUUUGAUAAAAUUAAGCAAUAUUUAUCAAACCCUCCAGUAUUGGUGCCACCUGUUUCAGGGAAACCUUUAAUCUUGUACCUAACUGUAUAUGAAAAUUCAAUGGGAUGUGUGCUGGGGCAGCAAGAUGAGGCUAGCCGGAAGGAGAGAGCUAUUUAUUAUCUGAGUAAAAAGUUCACUGAAUACGAAUCCAAGUAUUCUUCACUGGAGAAAAUGUGUUGUGCAUUAGCGUGGACUACCAAAAGACUUAGACAGUACAUGCUCUAUCACACUACAUGGCUCAUAGCGAAAUUGGAUCCCAUUAAGUACAUCUUCGAGAAGCCUUCUUUGUCUGGGAGAAUCGCUAGAUGGCAAGUAAUGCUCUCGAAAUAUGACAUUAUAUACGUGAGCCAAAAAGCAAUAAAAGGGGAUGCUAUAGCAGAAUUUCUUACAGAUCGUGCUACUGAAGAGUACGAGCCGAUGAAGCUAGAAUUUUCUGAUGAAGACUUGAUGGCUAUUUCUCAACUGGAAGAAAGGGAGCAUGGAGAAAAAUGUUGGAGAAUGUACUUUGAUGGAGCUGCCAAUGCCUUGGGGCAUGGAAUUGGGGUAAUUUUGAUUUCUCCAGAAGAACAGUACUACCCUGUAACAGCGAGGUUAAAUUUUAAUUGCACAAAUAACAUCGCUGAGUAUGAGGCAUGUGUUAUGGGCCUGCAAGCUGCUAUAGAAAGAAGAGUGAAAGCACUGAAAGUGUUUGGAGACUCAGCUCUAGUUAUAUACCAGUUGAAAGGAGAAUGGGAGACGAGAGACUCAAAACUCGUUCCAUAUCAUAAGUAUAUUCUAGAGUUGAUGAAACAAUUUGAAGAUGUCCAGUUCGAUCACUUACCUCGUGAAGAAAAUGUGAUUGCUGAUGCAUUGGCUACUCUGGCUGCAAUGAUUCGAAUUAAUGAUGACACUGACAUUCAGCCCAUAAAGUUAGAUGUUAAGGAUAUACCAGCGUAUUGUUCUAAUGUAGAGGGGGAAGAAGAUGGAAAACCCUGGUAUUAUGACAUCUUACAGUAUGUCAAGGAUCAGCAAUAUCCAGUUCAUGCAACAGAAAAUGAUAAAAGGGUCAUCCGAAGAUUGGCUAUGAGCUUUUUCCUGGACGGGGAUAUCCUUUACAAAAGAAGCAAGGAUCAAGUACUAUUGAGGUGUGUAAAUGAGACUGAAGCGAAAAAAAUCAUUGAAGAGGUGCAUGAUGGAAUAUGUGGGGCACAUACUAGUGGACAUAUGAUGGCAAGACAGAUUAUGAGAGCGGGAUAUUACUGGUUGACGAUGGAGAAUGAUUGCAUUGACUAUGCUCGUAAAUGCCAUAAAUGCCAAAUAUAUGCUGAUAAGAUUCAUGCUCCGCCAUCUGCUUUACAUGUUAUGGCACCACCAUGGCCAUUUUCAAUGUGGGGCAUGGAUGUCAUUGGUCCAAUCACCCCAAAGGCUUCUAACAGGCACAGAUUCAUUUUUGUGAUGAUAGAUUACUUCACAAAAUGGGUAGAAGCAGCUUCAUAUGCAAAUGUGACACACUCUGUGGUUUGCAAGUUCAUAAAAAAGGAGAUCAUCUGUAGAUAUGGACUUCCGAAGAAAAUCAUUUCAGACAAUGCCAAGAAUCUAAAUAGCAAGAUGAUGCAAGAAAUAUGUGCUCAAUAUAAGAUCAAGCAUCAUAACUCGGCACCAUACCGUCCAAAAAUGAAUGGGGCAGUUGAGGCAGCCAAUAAGAACAUAAAGAGGAUUUUGGAAAAAAUGAUCGAGACUUACAAAGAUUGGCAUGAGAAGUUGCCAUUCGCAUUGCAUGCAUAUCGAACGUCAGUUCGCACCUCUACUGGGGCAACCCCAUUUUCGUUGGUUUAUGGGAUGGAGGCUGUACUACCAGUGGAAGUAGAGAUCCCCUCUUUGAGAGUCUUAAAAGAAGUCGAGUUAGAAGAGGCUGAAUGGAUUCGAGAACGUUAUGAGCAGUUAAAUUUCAUAGAAGAAAAGAGAUUGACUGCACUGUGCCAUGGUCAGCUAUACCAAAGAAGAAUGAUGAGGGCUCAUGAUAAGAAAACUCGGCCUCGUUGCUUUCGAGAAGGAGAGUUGGUUUUGAAAAGAAUUCUCCCAAUCCAGCACGAUAGUAGAGGAAAAUGGACUCCGAAUUGGGAAGGGCCGUAUGUGGUGAAACGGGCCUUUUCGGGUGGAGCGUUGAUACUGACUGAGAUGGAUGGAAAUGAUUUACCCCAUCCUGUAAAUUCUGAUGCUGUGAAGAAAUACUAUGCUUGA